AUGACUCACAGGACGGCGGAAACGGGAGGCAAAUCCAAACAUCCACUGAGAUCUUCAAAUGGUGGUUACCUCUGUUCGCCCUUCACUUUGCAGCCUGCGUUUGAGACCAUGGCAGAGAAGUACACGGUACGCGAUGGAAAAGGCAGCAGCGGCCGCCUCAAUUCCGCGAGGGAGGUUGAUGAUGAUGGUGGGCCUGGUCGCCCAUGGAUGCGUGCGGGAGUAGGCGCCAAAACAAUGAGUGCAAAGGAGCGCCGCCAACAGCAGCAGGAGGCGGAGCGUAUUUAUGGUCCCAGCUCUUAUAUCGCUGAUGGAGAGGAUGAACUUCUUAACUCUUCAGGUAAAACAAGUAGUGCACCUGUGUUUGCUAUAAGCUCGUGGGAGAAGGCUGCGUUGCAGAGUGUUAUUCCGCGAGGAAUGCGGCAGAGAAAUGGUAAACAAGGAGAGAGAAAUAAUAGCGAUUCGGCUGUCCUAACAAAAGAAGUUGAAGAAGAUGAGAGAGUCCUAAAGGGAGCAGAGCAACAGUCUUCAUUGAUAGUUGAAAAGAAGAGAAGAAGCGACGAGAAGGAUAUUUUACCGGCGAGGGUUCGCCGUCGUAAAGAGUCAGCUGGAAGUGAGUGUCACGACGGUUGCAACGGGAGCUCAGCAAAUGUUUUGGCUCUGCAGGCGAAGAAGCCAAUAAAUAAACUCCAAAUGCUAGAUCAGAUGCGAGAUGCCGCUCUAUUUGGAAAGAAAAAGAAGGGCCUUCUAACUGGGCAGUUAGCAUGA